GCCCACAGUAGCUUGUGAAUAAAUAAUUGUCACUUAUAACACUUGCAAGCAUUGCAGACUCUCUAGCAACCAGCUUUCUCCAUCCAACUGAUCUGCAAGAGGGACCGGACUGCACUGGGCAGGAAGGAGCUGCUGCAAUGCCUGGUCUCCUGAUCUCAUCACUUUCAUGCUUCUACCUCCUCCUCCUCUUUCCACUGAUCUCGAAGUCUGACUCUGAAGAGCAAGGUGUUGUAGUCACCAGCAGUGGUCCAAUCAAGGGCAAAGAUCUUCCAGUUGGCUCUGGCUUUGUGUCUGCCUAUCUGGGCAUCCCUUAUGCUGAGCCCCCGCUGGGAAAAUUACGUUUCCAGAAGCCUGUUCCACAUCAGCCAUGGAGUCAAGUCUUCGAGGCUACCCGUUUUGGCAACGCCUGUCCCCAGAUAAUAUUUUCGGGCUUCCCUGAGGCAGACAUUUGGGUUGCCAAUCGACCACUCUCAGAAGAUUGUCUCUUUCUCAAUGUCUGGGUUCCUCAUCCACCACCUUCUUCACCAACUCCUGUCCUUGUCUGGAUACAUGGAGGGGGAUUUUUCCAUGGCAUAUCCUCCUUAGAUAUAUAUAAUGGAGCACAUUUAGCUUAUCAUGAGAAUGUCAUUGUAGUCACCAUUAAUUACCGCCUGGGGGCUCUAGGCUUCCUCUCAUUGCCACCAGCUGCCCCAGGAAACAUGGGCCUCUUGGACCAACAGCUGGCACUGAAGUGGGUACAGGAGAAUGCAGCUGCCUUUGGUGGAGAUCCAACUCGCGUGACCCUUUUUGGCCAUAGCGCUGGUGGAGUCUCCGUGGGCUUCCAUCUUCUCUCACCAAAUAGCCAGCCCCUGUUUGCCCACGCUGUGCUUCAGAGUGGGGCUCCCAAUGCCAUCUGGUCUUGGAAAAGUCCUGAGGAGGCCAAGCAGAACGCCCUUAAUUUCAGCCAGCUCCUGGGCUGUGCAGAAGGCAACGAUACUGCUGUGGUGAGCUGCCUCCAGGAAAAAGAUGCCAUGGAAUUUGCUGAGCAUGAGCAAUUCCUAUAUCAUGCAAGCAAGUUCAUUCUGGACAUUCCCUUCGCACCAACAACAGAUGGGGAUUUUUUGCUUGAUGCACCGCAAAGGCUUGUGGAGGCCGGGAAAAUUCACCAUAAACCAAUUCUCAUUGGUGCCGCCUCUGAUGAAGGGUCUAUUUUUGUGACAUUUCUUUUUGCUGACACCAAUCACAGCCUAAUCAGUUGGGAGCAAUUUCGGAAAGGGAUAUCGAUGACACUGCGAAAGGGUACUGAAGAAGCGGUUCAGGCUGUGUUGCUGGAGUACAGCAAAGAAGACCACGGUUUGGCAAAGUACCGUUGGUCCCUGUCACAGUCCGGUGGUGAUUUCCUCUUUGUAUGUCCAGCUGCCACGUUUGCUGCAAAGCUCAGCGAAGCUGGGAGUCCUGUGUACAGUUAUUCCUUUACACAUCACACCUCCGCCUCUGCUUGGCCUGAAUGGACUGGAGCACCCCAUGGUGCUGAGGUACCUUAUUUGUUUGGAACCCUGGAAUCAGCCGUGGGCGCCAACCGAACAUACACAAAGGCCGAGGGUGCACUGAGCCGCAGGAUGAUGCGGUAUUGGGCUGAAUUCUCCAGAAGUGGGAAUCCCACAGGAUCAGUGGCCAAUGAGGUACAAUGGCCGCUCUAUAAUGCCACCCAGCAGAACUACUUCCAACUUAGCACUGAGCCAUCCCAGGUUAUGGAGACAUCUCCUGCAAGACAUUGUGGUUUCUUGGAAAGUCUUUUUUUGAAGGCUGCAAAUCCACACACGUUGGGAGAGGAUCAUGUUUCUCCAGGCAAAGAGGAAGAUGGGAGGACAGAAGACAGUACUCAAUAAAAGGAAUCCCCACGAAAGGUCAGCAGGGAUGCACAGGGCUGAAUAGAGCUAGGGGAUGAUACACAGCUCAUAAGGACGGGGAAGAGGUAGAAAUGAAGGAUAGAAAGAACGAGUGGAUAGAACAUACUGAAGCAAAGCAUUCCCCACUUCCUCUUUUUCCCUGUUCUGCAUUUCCACAGUCAGCCCCUAAAACUCUUUCCUGCUACAUCAGGGGUGCUAAAUCCAGACCCUUCAAAUAUAUACCUUUGGCACCUCUCAAAGAGAUGGCACCUCUAACAAGGUUUCCGUUAGUGCCAACAUCAUUAGUUUCAGAGCCUUCCUGGUUAAAACCAAGUUGCAUGGUGGUGAGUGACAACAAUGAAGCUAUCUGCGACAAACUAAAAGCCUUUUUAUGCCCUGCACCCCACUUGGAGCAGUAAAAUGUUGCACAGGUUCCAGGACUUAGCCAGGAUUCAGUUUACUUAGAAGGGGGUCAGUGGAGACUUAUGGUAAAAAUAAGUGGGGUGGGAAGUGUGCAUGUGGCAGGACUGCAUUUGGGCGCCCUUAGAGC